UUCAACCAGCGGUGGGACCAGAGGGUAGCUCCACAGGCAGCGUGGUGCCCUCGGUCCCCCAGCAUGAGCCCCUCAGCCUGGGCCAUCUGCUGCCUUUUUGGGGUCCUCCUGCUUCAAGGGAGCAGAUCCAGUCCCGGCCCCAGCGUGCCCCGCCUGCGGCUCUCCUACCGAGACCUCCUGUCUGCCAACCGCUCUUCCAUCUUUCUGGGUCCCCGGGGCUCCCUGGACCUUCGGACUAUGUACCUGGAUGAGUACCGAGACCACCUCUUUCUGGGGGGUCGGGAUGCCAUCUACUCUCUGCAGCUGGACCGAGCAUGGACAGACCCCAGGGAGGUCCUGUGGCCGCCGCAGCCAGGACAGAGGGAGGAGUGUGUUCAAAAGGGAAGAGAUCCUUUGAUGGAGUGUGCCAACUUCGUGCGGGUGCUGCAGCCUCACAACCGAACCCACCUGCUGGCCUGUGGCACUGGGGCCUUCCAUCCCACUUGCACCCUCAUCGUGGUUGGGCACCGUGGGGAGCAUGUGCUCCACCUGGAGCCCAGCAGUGUUGAAAGUGGGCGGGGGCGGUGCCCUCAUGAGCCCAGCCGUCCUUUCGCCAGCACCUAUGUAGGUGGGGAGCUGUACACCGGCCUCACUGCCGACUUCCUGGGGCGCGAGGCCAUGAUCUUCCGGAGUGGGGGUCCCCGGCCGGCCUUGCGUUCUGACUCUGACCAGAACCUCCUGCACGAUCCCCGGUUUGUGAUGGCCGCCCGGAUCGCUGACAACACUGACCAGAAUGAUGACAAGGUGUACUUCUUCUUCUCGGAGACUGUCCCUUCACCAGACGGUGGCCCAGGCCAUGUCAUUGUCAGCCGAGUGGGCCGUGUCUGCGUGAAUGACGCUGGCGGCCAGAGGGUGCUGGUGAACAAAUGGAGCACUUUUCUCAAGGCCAGGCUGGUUUGCUCGGUGCCUGGUCCCGGUGGUGUUGAGACCCACUUUGACCAGCUGGAGGACGUGUUCCUGCUGUGGCCCAAGGCAGGGAAGAAUCUCGAGGUGUACGCGCUUUUCAGCACGGUCAGUGCUGUGUUCCAGGGUUUUGCAGUUUGCUUGUAUCACAUGGCAGACAUCUGGGAGGUCUUCAAGGGGCCCUUUGCCCACCAAGAUGGUCCCCAGCACCAGUGGGGGCCCUAUGGGGGCAAGGUGCCCUUCCCCCGCCCUGGCGUGUGCCCCAGCAAGAUGACCGCGCAGCCCGGACGGCCCUUCGGCAGCACCAAGGACUACCCAGAUGAGGUGCUGCAGUUUGCCCGAGCCCACCCACUCAUGUUUCAGUCUGUGCGGCCUCGGCAGGGCCGCCCUGUCCUCGUCAAAACCCACCUGGCCCAGCAGCUGCGCCAGAUCGUGGUGGACCGUGUGGAGGCAGAGGACGGGACCUAUGACGUCAUCUUCCUGGGGACCGACUCAGGUUCAGUGCUCAAGGUCAUGGCCCUUCAAUCUUCAGGCUCGGCUGAGCCUGAGGAGGUAGUUCUGGAGGAGCUCCAGGUGUUUAAGGUGCCAACAGCCAUCACUGAGAUGGAGAUCUCCGUGAAAAGGCAAAUGCUGUAUGUGGGCUCGAGGCUGGGUGUGGCCCGGCUGCAGCUGCACCAGUGCGAGACCUACGGCAGUGCCUGUGCGGAGUGCUGCCUGGCCCGGGACCCGUACUGUGCCUGGGAUGGCGCUUCCUGUACCCGCUACCGGCCUGGCACCAGCAAGCGACGGUUUCGCCGGCAGGACAUCCGUCAUGGCAACCCUGCCCUGCAGUGCCUGGGCCAGAGCCAGGAAGAGGAGGCUGCAGGACUCCGGGCGACUGCCACGGUCUAUGGCACGGAGCACAACAGCACCUUCCUGGAGUGUCUGCCCAAGUCUCCCCAGGCGACUGUACGUUGGUUCUUGCAGAGGCCGGGGGACCAGGGGCCCGACCAGGUGAAGACAGAUGAGCGAAUCCAGCAAACGGAGCAGGGGCUGCUGUUCCGCAAGCUCAGCCGCCUGGAUGAGGGCACCUACAUCUGCACUACGCUGGAGCACGGCUUCUCCCAGACCGUGGCCCGCCUGGCCCUGGAGGUGAUUGUGGCUGCACAGCUCAAGAGCCUGCUCCAUAGGGAGCAGAGGCCAGGGGAGCCCCCUGCCCGGGGAAGCCUGGCCUCCACCCCACCCAAGGCCUGGUACAAGGACAUCCUGCAGCUUAUUGGCUUCGCCAACUUGCCCCGGGUAGAUGAGUACUGUGAGCGCAUGUGGUGCUCCUCUCGGAGCAGGGGCAAACAGGCCAAGGGCAAGAGCUGGGCAGGGCUGGAGCUGGGCAAGAAGGUGAAGAGCCAGGUGCAGGCCGAGCGAAAUCGGACACCCCGGGAGGUGGAGGCCACAUAGAAGGCGAAGGAGGGGGUGGUUGGGAUGGGCCAAGUGGCCCUAGUAUCAGCUCCUAGUGUCUCCCACCCACCCAACUAAGGCAGAGGGGGCCAGCAGGCUUGAUCACCUCUUAGAGAUGGGAGUCUCUGCCUCUAAACCCCUACCAGGCCACUUAAGAAAAGGCUAGGGGCCUGAUGCAGGGACCCCAUUCCUGUUCCCUGCACCUUUCUGCUCUUAGUUCCAGAUGGAGCCAGCACCCUCUGGCCACUGGCGAUAUCAGUGGGCCUGCUGUGUGUUCUCAGAGGUGGUUCCCAGAGCACAUUUCUGGUUGUGCCCAGAGGCAAGAGGACUGGGAAGUUCUUCCCCAGCUGCAGAACAAUGGCCAUUCUGAGUGACCCUUAGAGUGGGCUUGCGGUUGCCUCCGAGGAGGCAGUGGCACGGGCCCUUAGACAGCCAGAGGAGGGUGGAGUUGCCUCUGAGCUAGCCAGCACCAGUGGAAAAGACCUUCACUGACUGAGCUGGGGAGGGAAAGAGGAAGUUCUGAGAAGGUAGACCCCUUACCCCCACCCACUUUGUGCCCUGAUAUCUUGGUGGUCACCUGCCACUGUCCACUGCCUGUUCUUCAUCUUGGAAUCACAGAAGCAUAGACUGCUAGAGUUCCCUGCAACCUGGGGGCGAGCUGGGUCUCGGGCCCUAUGUCAUAAACCAGAGGGGCCUCACAGCCUGACUCCCCUUCCCCAGGCCCCUGAGCUGUCAGGCCACGUUUCCUGGGAUGCCUACCCCUCCUGAUAGUAUCUCCCUUCCCCACCAUCGGGGUCUCCAUGCUGAUGAGCAGGGUAAGGAUGGGUUCUAGGAGAAUGUCAGCUCCAUCUCUGUGGACUAGAGAUGGGGAGAGGGGAGCUGGGGAGGAGUGGGCUGUCUUUCCCAGGGCAAUGCAAGCACACCCACAGCUUAGGAGGGUGGGAAUGUGGCAGCCCUGAGAGCAAGCUGCAGCUGGUGGGCAGGACCCGGGAGGGGUGGGGUAGGGCUACACCCAGGGACACAGAGGAUUGAGAGGCAUUCGAGAUGGGGAGAGGGUGGGAGACCCUAGGCUGGGCUGUGGGGCCCAGAAGCAAGCAUGCUUAAAGACUCAAGAUGGCAUCAAUUAGCUCAGGAGCCCCCGGGAAGGCCAGAUGUUUUCCAUCCUGCAGUUGUUGGUUUUUGCUAAAUAAGGGUUGGUUGCAGAUGGUUCAUGUAUGAAGCCUUCUUUUUUAUUUUUUUUUUCUUUUAAGUGGAAAAAGUUGCUAAGAACUCUAGGUUGUGCUGGUUGUUGGGGCUGUGGCUCAGGUGGCCAGGACAGAGGCACUCUGUCUGUGAGUGUAGGCAGGUGUAUCGCCAUCAGUGGUAAUGCCUUUCUGAGCUGGGGAGCACAGCAAGGGGGGGAGGACUAAAUGAAAAGUUGUUCUCAGCCUCCCUGAGAACAUGUUAGUGAUGCACAAAACUGACAGGAGGGAGACAGGAGCUUCAGGUUCCAGAGUCCCUCCACUGAAAAACCAAGAUGAAUAGGAGGGAAAAGUCAAUAGAAGGAAAGACAGGGCUUCCUGUCCCACUGAACUCAAACCCAGACUGUGCUGCCUUGGAUUCCACCUGGGCCAGCCCCCUCACCCCCAGCUGGAAUCUGAAAUGGGCCCUCCUUCCACCCUUCGCACAGUCAGUGAGCCAGAAGAGCUGAGAUGAACCUGACAACACUUUGGGAAGCUGUGGCCUGGGUUGCUAUGGCUGGGCUGUGAGCGGGUAAAAGAGAAGAGGAGGACUGUGGGCAAGGGUGCUGGAGAAGAAGGGAGGGGGUGAUAGAGGCCACGGAGGAGGGGCAGAGCGAGUGCGCAGAGCCCCAGGAAUGGUGUCAAAGCUGCAGCCAGCUCUGCCCCUCUGCCCAGGGAAGGCAGGAAGAAGCAGCCAGGCCCUCAGGGGUCUGUAGUAUGGACUCAGGCAUGGCUGGCUCCAGGUAGGGUCUUCGGGGAAGCUGCUCUGGAAGACGGAGGGAGGAGCUCAAAAUCCUGAACAGCUAAUACCUGCACUUGGAAAAUUAUGGACAGAUUCUACCAACUCCCAACCCCCAUGGUACUAUGUGUAUAACCCCUGGAGAUGCCUCUAUGUGUGAAUUCUAUUUUUGUAUUUGUAUACUGAGAUGGGCUUUGUGGAUUCUCUGUCUUCAGAACAUACUUCCUCUAAUUACUAUUGUUACUUUGUCAUGACCACCCCUGAGCUCCAGUGAGGGUAGCACAGUGGUCUACCGCACAGAACCUACAAGGAAGGGAAUGAAGUUAAUAUUUACAUCACAUAAUUAUGUAUUGUAUCUGCAUAUUUCUGUACUAAAUUGACUGAUACCGUCUGUGUGAACUGGAAAUGAAGAGCCUUCCCCAUCCGUUCCACAAGGGAGAAGGCCUCCCUGGGUGGUAUUUUCCAGAAGGGAGGGUGGGCAUUAAGGGAAGGAAGGAGUCAGAGGGCAUUGUCUAUGACGCUGAGGUCGCUUAUUAAAUUAGGAAGAUCCUG